AUGGGUUCUUCGGUUGCGUACUGGAUCAAGCAGACAUUUCGGGAUGAAGAUUACAAAGUUGUGGUUGUUGAAAACAAUGAUAAAUUAAAAAUGCUUGGUUUUUAUGUUGUCCGGAACAGAGGCACUUUUUGGAAAGACAAUGAUCCACCGGAUGUGCAUUUUUUACCGAUGAGCUUUAUGUAUUUGGCAUGUACACCGGAAGAUGUCGAGCGAUUGAAAAGAAACUGGAAAGUACAGACGUUAGUUGCUAUAAAUUUUUUUUUUUUGCCAAUUUCAAGUACCAUUUUUUAA